AAAUAUGACUUUAAAUUGUAUUUCAUUGUUUCUAUUAAUGUCCGUAUAUGUUAUGUAUGUUAUGUCGGGUAUCAGUCAUAACAAACACAUAAAGUACUGUACUUUGAAUCAUACUAAAGGUGCCGACUAUACCACUAUAACCGGUGCUUUUAUUAUCGAUAAAAUACUCUACUAUUGUAAUAAAACCUAUUGCUAUUCGACUAAUAUUGUACCAAAAAACCAGUACAUGAAGACAAUAGUAGAUAAUAAUAAUAAUGGUGGACAGUAUGAAAAUCCGGGUGACUUUACCAAUAGACUGUUUACAAUGUCUGAUGGAUUUACCGUUCAUAGCGCCGUCUAUUUUGGCAAUAAUUGUGAGACUGAGGAGUCAUCGGCAACAAUGGGAACCGUAUGUGUGGACAAAGCUAUGGGAAAGUUUCUGUUGAUUGGCAAUCAUAGUGCACAGGGAUUUAGUUAUAUAGCCUAUGAACGAAAUAUGUACGACAAUUAUCCUGUAGAUAAUCCAGAGAAUAUGCCAUGGAAGUUGGCUCCACGGGGACAGUUGACCGGCAAAUUUUGGCCUAAAGUUAAACCAAAUUUGUUCACCAGUUUUGCAGCCAAUACCAAACCGAUUACAGUCUAUGUGUGCACCACUACUACCACCAGUAGUGAUAAGAAAAAAUCAAAAAUUUACUAUAAGAUUGUCGACAAAUCGGGCGAUUUUCAUACCAACUAUACGAAACUAAUGGCACCAAAAUCGUAUACCGGACUCGUCUACUGGAAAAACAAAUUGUACGGUAUGGCCAAAGACAAGUGGUAUUUGUUAGUACAGAAAAACAACAGUUUUGUUGAAAACGCAACGUACACAAUGAAAGAGUUUUUCAAUUGUUAUGAUAACUCAACUCUUUUGUUAAACAUAACUAAAAACAGUAAAAUCAUUGACAACAAUAACUAUACAACUAAUACUACUACCGGUACCAAUCAGACUACGAUAACAAUUUUUGACGAAAAUCCAACAUAUUUUACAUCACAAGUAAUAUCUGAUUCAGAUGAGUCCGAUUAUACCUUAAGUUCAUCGACAUCGACACCAAUAACCGGUACCGAUAGCACCAACAACGUCAACAAUCCAUUGUUUUGGUUGCUAUUACUAAUUCUUGUCAUAAUUAUCAUCAUUAUAGUCAUCCUCGGCAUACUCUUUGGCAUAUUAGUAGUAGAGUCUGGAAAAAAAUCUGUAGGAGUUUCCCGAAUCGACUCCUCAUUAAAGCCUGCAUCACGUGUUGUGUCCGAAUCAAAGGUUAGGUCAAGAAUAUCAUCGAAACCCAAGUCGUCGUCGCCAUCGUCAUCGAUGUCGCCGUUGUCGCCGAAAAAGGUAUCGAAACCAAAAGAUACACCAAUUGUUGGCAAGAAAUCGACUUUACCCGAGAAAAGUAUAUCAAUCAGAUCGACCAAUUGAUAUAACAAUUUGUUUAAUUAGUUUUUACCC